GUUAGCGCAUGCGCACAAGGCACAUAAACGAUAACAGAUACCUUGAACACUCCUGCAGCUGGAAGUGUUGCAUAUACGCUGUUACCGUAUUAAUAUCAGCCAUAGAUCGAUAACGUCAGUAAUAAAUAUCUAAUAACGUAGCGCAGUUAAGCUGUAGACACACUUCCUUAUUUUCCGCCGUUGUAGCCGGCUGCUAGCUCGCUCCGUGCAGCAGUAGGAUCAUGUUUACGUCCCAAACCUCGUCGUUCCAGGAUUCAAUCGACGUGGAGGAAAGAGAUGACUAUGACAGCGAAGAAAUCGCUGGCUACAGCCAGAAGAUACAGCUGAACUGCUACUACACUAUCUAUCUUUAUCAAGGCACAAGAUCUGAGGCUUCUGGGGAAAAUGUGGCAUGGAACCAGAGACGAGCAGACUCCACAACCAGUCAGGAUGACUUUAGCCUGACACUAAUUGACAGCAGCUUGCCAUCAGAGGCGGAACCUGAGCUGCGGACCUACAUCUCAAGGAGGCUGAGCAAGGGUGCCCUGCUGGGAGGCAUGGGCAACAUCGCCACUGUGGAACUCAGUAUCCCAGAGCAGGCAGUCGGCUGCUACUGCUGCCUUCUGGAGCAGGAAAGGUCUCCUGAACAGCCUGAUGCUGAUGGAAACGGAUAUGUCAUCUGCUUUAUGGGCGGCUCUGAAAAAGGACUGAACUUAUUCAGAUUAGAGCUUGAUAAAUAUGUCCAAGGCCUGCACAGCAGCCUGCAAACCCCAGAGCUGCAGAACCUUGAGACGGAGGUGCGUCCCUAUCUGAGCCGGUGGUACGAGGAGUCUGUGAUGCACAUUCAUCGGGUGGUGCAGCUGGUCCAGAGCAACAUCAGCUUCUUGCUGCAUGCUGCUCUGAGUCACACACACGUGGACGUCGUUAAUUCAGAUGAAAGGACAAAGGCUGAUGUGUCCAGGUUCAUCAAAGCAGCCAGCUGGCAGGGCCUGUCCCAACAAGACACGACGACAGCUUCUCUGUGUAAGGCGAUCUCAGAGGACACACUCUCUGACCUGAUCAUAGACUGUUCCACCAGCCCACCCACACUCUCUAACACUGUCAGUAAUCGUUUCUGUGAUGACUGGAUUCAGGCAUUUCUGAACGCUGCAGAGCGAUGUAAUCCUUUCCUGCUCAGACAGAUUCUGGAGAACUUUAAACUUAAGGCCAUCCAGGACAUGAACAGCCUGAAGCGUUUCGUGCGGCAGGCAGAAAUGAGUCACUACGCUCUGUUUCGCUGCUGCCAGUUCCUGCAGGGCUGCGGAAAUGGGGAUGUGUUGCUGCAGAAUGCCAGGGCGGAGCACAGCGACCUGCCUGAAGCCUGCAGCAUCAUCACAGUGCUGGAGGAGUUCCUCAAGGAACAAUCCCAGGCCCAGGCCUGAUUCCAUUACAACACCUAACUCCAAGAGCCUGUUUCCAUCUGGUAUUAUCAUGUGUCUUUGGUGAUCCAAUCAUAAAGGGACAGCUCUGUGUGUUUACACCUGGUAUUAUAAUGUGUCUCCGUAUGUGUUUAAGUGACCACUAGUGAUUAGAUCUCACUUCCCCGCCUAUCUGUUAGCAUCACACUGAUAACAUUACCUAACCAUUGUACCAUUGUACCGUCACUGUGAGGUU